GGAUUAGUUGUCACUAGUUGGUCGAGACAUUUUAGUCCUGCGUGGUGGGAGAAAGUGGCGACUGUUGUGUGCGGUCUCUUGUCCUUCGCUCCGGCAUAUUGAGAUUUCCUUCCUUGUUGGGACACACUCAAGAUGCAGCUGCAGAUCUUCACUGUCGAUGCAUUUGCCAAGAAACCUUUUAGCGGGAACCAAGCUGCCGUAGUUCCCGUGACCGAGAAUCUAGAUGACGCGACGAUGCAGAAGAUCGCUUCGGAGAUGAACUUAUCCGAGACGUCCUUCUUAGUCCCCUUGAACGCAGAUGGUCCUGAUGAAUGGAAAACCUGUAGCAAUUUCUCUCUCAGGUGGUUCACCCCCGUUACUGAAAUUGUUCUCUGCGGUCAUGCCACCCUAGCCGCCGCGCAUGUCCUUUUCCAAAACCUAGGCAACACCAACAACAAGCUCGAGUUCCAGACCUUGAGUGGGACCUUGGUGGCGAGGAAGGAGGGCGACCUCAUCCUCCUCGACUUCCCCGAGAACGAGCCAUUGAGUCUUACCUCCGAGGAAGAGCAGGAACUGUCGCCCUUGGUCGAGGCCGCGCUGGGAGCGGCGAGGGCGGAGGCAAGGACCGUGGCGAUCGCACGCGCCUUGAAGUAUCUCAUGGUUCAGCUCGAUGAUUCUUGCACGAGACACGACCUCGAGGCUCUCCGCCCAGAUGCCCGAGCGAUGGAACGCCUCCACGAUGGCUCGAAGGUCAAGGCCGUCAUCGUCUGCGUCAAGGGCCGUCUCGAGGAGGAGCAGAAGGUGGCCAAGGAAGGCGAGAGGAAGGAGCGUGAUGUUUGGUCCCGAUUUUUCGCUCCUUGGUACGGCGUCGAUGAAGAUCCGGUGACGGGAUCUGCUCAUACUGUUCUUGGUCCCUUCUGGUCCCGGCGACUUGGCAAGAAGGAACUUUUAUGUCACCAGUGUUCACCGCGCGGAGGAGAGGUCACCGUCAAGACCCGAGGUGAUGGAAGGGUUGACAUCAUAGGUCAAGCUGUCACGGUCAUCUCAGGUCACAUCACCUUGUAAGAAAAAAUAAGAAAAAAAUGAAAAAUGACCUAUGAAGAUUUUUUUCAGGUCCUGGGGUAUUUUCAUGUUUUUUUUUCUUUGUUUUCUUGAUGAUCGUUGUUAUUUUACUUUCGUUUUGUUUUUGUUUCAUGAAUUCUGACUCGACAAACAUACUGUUACGUUUCAUUUUCACAUUUCGUUUAAUGGAAGGAGAGAAUUUUUAAAAAUUAGUUUAUAUAUGUAUCUUUUAGUUUUGACGAUUUGUAAGAAUAGCAUAAUUAUAAAUUGCAAAAUUUCGAGGCGGAUGUAACUCUAUACAUAAAUAUGGAAAUGGAAAAAUAAACCAAGUGAUAAAA